AUUUAUCUCACGCGUUGUUUCCAAGCCUCAUUUUCUUCUCGUGUUUCCUUCCGCUGCUGCUGCUGCUCUCUCCUUUCGCGUUUCCCUCCCUCCCUCCCUCCCUCUUCGCCUGCCAACAUCUCCAGAAAGGUACGAUCUCCAUUUUCCGAGCUCCCGCCACCUUCUCGAUCUCGAUUGCGCUAGCCGGAAUUCCCCACUCCGCGUAGAGAAUUGUCCGUCUGAUGGAUUGCGAUUUUGAAUUUUGAGAUGGAUUUGUUUUGUCCAACUGAUCUGUGAGAACUUCCGUCCGGAAUUCGGUUAGAUCUGUUUGAUUUCCGUUUCGGCGCAAGGUAGUAGACGUCAUUAGAUUUGAUUCGCGCUGGAAUUGUGGAUUUGGAGAGCUAUGUGAUUUCUUCGUGGUUUUCGCUUUCGCGAUCAGCUCGCAUUUUUUGGUUUGGCGCGCUCUCGUGUUUGGUGGUAGAUCUCUUGGAUCUAUGUGUUUGUUGGUUCAUUUCUGGCGUUCUUAUGGCGUGGUUGAUUGAUUUUGUGCAGGGAUCAACAGCAAGGAAGAGAGAAAAAUGGGGCUGACGUUCACGAAGCUUUUCAGCCGGCUGUUUGCCAAGAAGGAGAUGCGGAUUCUCAUGGUUGGUCUCGAUGCCGCUGGUAAGACCACCAUAUUGUACAAGCUCAAGCUUGGAGAGAUCGUCACCACCAUUCCCACCAUUGGAUUCAAUGUGGAGACGGUAGAAUACAAGAACAUCAGCUUCACUGUGUGGGAUGUCGGGGGUCAAGACAAGAUCCGUCCAUUGUGGAGGCACUAUUUCCAGAACACUCAGGGCCUCAUCUUCGUCGUGGACAGCAAUGACAGAGAUCGUGUUGUUGAGGCCAGAGAUGAGUUGCAUAGGAUGUUGAAUGAGGAUGAACUGCGAGAUGCAGUGUUGCUUGUUUUUGCUAACAAGCAGGAUCUGCCAAAUGCAAUGAAUGCUGCGGAGAUCACUGACAAACUUGGUCUCCACUCCCUCCGUCAGCGUCACUGGUACAUCCAGAGCACCUGUGCAACUUCCGGUGAGGGCCUUUACGAAGGUCUGGAUUGGCUGUCGAACAACAUUGCCAACAAGGCUUAAAUCUGGUGAUGUGGAUGGCAGUUCUGGAUGCAGGGGUGAAUGUUAUCUAGCUUCUUCUCCUCUCUUUUUGAUCUUUUACCGUCAUUUCUUUUCUGUUCUCCCCCUUCCCCCUUCGGAGACAUUUGGAUUUUGUUUAAGCAUAUUUUUACCCCUUGUGUUUUUACUUUUUUGUUUCCCCGGAUCCCUUUGCUUUGUGGGGUGCCUUCUUUAUGUUAGGACCUUUUUUGGAUGUUUUACAGUGUAAUAGAAUAUAUACAUAUGCUGGUUGGGUCUUAUUACUUUUAUCGAACACGUUGCAUACGGGUGUAGUGUAGAUCUUCAUGGGAUCGUUAAUCAAAGACAACCCGUUAC